GGGACGCACGCAGGCACGCACGGACGCAGGCGCAGCGCGGCGGGGCCCCUCCCCGCCCCAGAAGAUGGCGAGUCCGUGCGGGCGGCAGGACUGCUCCAUCGAGAGGCGCGGCGUCCGCCACCAGCUCGACUCGUGGCGACACAAGCUCGUGCACUGUGUAGGGUUUGAAAGUAUUCUAGAAGGGCUGUUUGGACCUGGAUUAUUAAAAGAUCUCAGUUUGUUUAAAGACUGUGAGCCCGAAGGUGUUUCUGAUUGGUCUUUUGAUGAAAAUUGUCUUUUCUGCUGCCUGAGAAGAGAAAAAGUGAAGGAACACUUAGUCAGUCUGGAUGAGCCAGCUUCGGAAGCUGGGCAAGAAGCUCUGCUUAGACAAGAGCAAGCAAAAAUCAUUCGGUUCGAGAGGCAAGCGGAAGAGUUCCUCAAUGCAGUCUUUUACAGAAAAGGUAGUGGAAGCCAAAUGAAAUGCCUGGUUGGUUUUAAGAGACACUGCCAGGACAGUCCUAGGGUCUCUGACCCCAAUAUUCCCCUAGUGGCCCGUGAGAUCAUGCAGCGAAUGAUCCGGCAGUUUGCUGCUGAAUAUACCUCAAAAACUAGCUCUACUCAGGACUCCAGCCAGCCCAAUAGCACAAAGAACCAAAGCCUGCUGAAAGCAUCUCUGGUCGCCUCCUCUCCCACGGCUGCAACUGCUCAGAACCCCGUGCUCAGCAAACUUCUCAUGGCUGACCAAGACUCGCCUCUGGACCUCACUGUCAGGAAGUCUCAGUCAGAACCUAGCGAACAAGACGGAGUGCUUGAUCUGUCCACCAAGAAGAGCCCUUGUGCCGGCAGCGCCUCCCUGAGCCAUUCCCCAGGCUGCUCCACUACUCCAGGGAACGGGCGACCUGGGAGACCCAGCCAGCACCAUCCAGAGGGACACCGGAGUGGUGAUGGGGUACCUCCAAGAAGCUUGCAGGAUGGCACCAGGGAAGGUUAUAGCCACUCCACAGCUCUUAAAGUGCCGCUGGCUCGAUCACUGCAGAUUAGCGAAGAGCUGCUGAGCAGAAACCAGUUUUCUACCGCUGCCAGCCAUGGGCCAUCUGGACUGCAGAAUCAUGGACAGCACUUAAUAUUAUCCAGGGAGGCUUCUUGGGCAAAACCACACUACGAAUUCAAUUUCAGCCGCAUGAAAUUCAGGGGAAAUGGUGCACUCAGCAACAUCAGUGACCUUCCUUUUCUUACAGAAAACUCUGCCUUUCAAAAAAUGGCACUUCAAACUAAACAGGAUGGGAAAAAGGACAUGAGCCAUUCGUCUCCUGUGGAUUUAAAGAUACCACAAGUUCGAGGCAUGGACCUUUCAUGGGAGUCCCGCACUGGCGACCAGUACAGCUAUAGCUCUUUGGUAAUGGGUUCACAAACGGAGAGCGCGCUUAGUAAAAAGUUAAGGGCUAUUCUUCCGAAGCAAAACAGGAGAAAUUUGCUGGAAGCUGGACCAGAUUCCUGGGGCUCAGAUGCUGAGCAGUCUACCUCUGGACAGCCAUAUCCCACCUCCGAUCAAGAGGGAGAUCCUGGCUCCAAGCAACCUAGGAAGAAAAGAGGGAGAUACAGACAAUACAACAGCGAGAUCCUGGAGGAAGCAAUCUCUGUGGUUAUGAGCGGGAAAAUGAGCGUUUCGAAAGCUCAGAGUAUUUAUGGGAUUCCCCACAGUACACUGGAGUACAAAGUUAAAGAGAGGCUGGGCACUUUGAAAAACCCUCCAAAGAAAAAAAUGAAAUUAAUGAGGUCGGAGGGGCAGGAGGUUUCGGUAAAGAUUGAAUUAGAUCCCCAGGGAGAAGCAGCACAAAGUGCAAAUGAAUCAAAAGAUGAGUAGGGAGGCUGUAGAGUGCCAAUUACUUUACAAACUGGGUGAGCACUACUGCAUUGUUCAACCACCGCCGAGUGCACCUCAUUCCUCUCUGCCACCUAGCGUAGAUUCGUGUGGACACAGGUGAAAGGUGUGCUCUGAAUGUCGCAUAUUUGUAAAUUUUCUAGCCUGGUCUGGCUCAGAAUCUGCCCCCACCUUUUCUUUCUUUGUCUUUUUUUCUUUCCCCUUUUUUUGCCUUUGCAUGUUUCUCUACUGUUCUAGAGAACUGAGUUACCUCACUAAAGAGCGCAGACACGUGGAAGUGGACUCCUUACCUGUAGAGCCUGCCUGUACUUUUGUUGUUUGAAUUCUUUUUUCCAUGUUUGCCUUUCAAAAAGCAAGUCCACUUCGUUAAACCGAUUCACUCGUAUACCAGGCUUUUUUGAAUGAGAAUCAGACUGUCAUUUUGUAAUUCAGAAUGCCUCACAUUCUCCAGAAACAUUUUUUUUUUUUCCUUCUUCUUCUUUCUUUCAUCGAGUUGAUUGAAGGAUUAAGGUAAAUCAAGCUCUUUGAGGAAUGGCAGAGCUCUUGAACUUGGAGAUUGGUUAUUAGAUAGGUAAUCAAUCGGGUCUAAUUAGGCUUUCUGCCAUUUUCUUUCUAAAUUCAAUUUAUGUACCAUUAGCAAUCUGCUUAGUGCUCACCCGGAGGGGCGGGGAGGGGAAACUACAUACACUACCUUCAGAAAUACUUCGGUUAAUGACGUAGUAACACUACCUUCACUGUAAUUUUGUUUGAUACUUUCUAAGGGUGAGAUUUAGACUCACCUGUCUGAGGAUGUAGCCUUAUCUCACGGAAGACGAGCUCCUCGUGGUCAGGAGUGGUCAGGGUACACUAAACGAUGUAUUAGGGUAUGCCUCGUUUUAACAGAACUGUGGUUCUUUGCAACCUAUACACUUUUUACAGGCGUGAUUCAGAGUUUACUGAACGGUGUGGUUCCAACAACUAGUUUAAGCAACUCUAAUCGGGGAGAGGGGGGUACGUGGAACAAAUUACUGUGAUCUUGCAAAAAACAAAAAAACCACAAAAAAAACCCACAACAAACCCGUGAUCUCAUGAACACGACAACCUCAAUAGUCUGCCCAAAUAUCCACGCUAAUGAAGGAGCUGUGUUAAUGUUCAGGGAAGAAAUAAAACACGCAGGUAGCCUGACCGGAUUUGGGCUCCACAUCAUAUCUAGCUGUAACACUGUCAGGGUCGAACACCCAAUGGGUGUUUCCUUUUUAAAUACUACAGUUGCCAGUAGCAGGAAAUACUCUUGUAUAUCCUGCAUAUAUAUAUAUAUUUUAUUUUAUUUUUUUUUUGGUUUUUUUGGGGUUUCUUUUGUUUUACCUACUGUUGGUUUAAUAGUGGUUUAGUGCAGCACGCUAGCCUAAGCAGAUAAACAUCAUAUAAGCACUCCGUACACCACGAAUCCACUCUUUUCCACGACAGUGAUAUUUUCAUCCUUCUCUAGAUCCAGGAUAAGUUUUGUACAGAACUUUGGUCUUUGAUGCUUUCUGCAGGAGCGGUCAAUAGCUCGAUACAGCUUACUGGACUUACUACAGUUUGACCAAAUCAGAAUGGCUGGUUCUUCAGGUAGAAACGAUUUGCUCUGAAUUUCAAUCUGUGCAAAAGGUUGCUAGGACUGCCAUUGUCCUAGGUGCACGACCAAAAGAAGCGUUGGGAUUUGUGUGUGUGAGAGCAUUAAGCGCUGUUGGUGAUUGAAAGUGGAUGCUCAAAGUUCACUGGAGGACGACGUAGAUAGCCCCAGGGCUGCUGAAUAAAUUCUGGAGCGGUUAAUUCAAUUAGCCUUUUUGUUUUAGAUAUCUAUCUAUCUACCUAUCUAUCUAUCUGUCUAUCUAUCUAUAUAUAUAUAUAUAUAUAUAUCUUUUCCAGCAACCUAUUAUGUUCAGAGGUUAGGCACACCAUUGCUGUCAUUUUAAAUAUGCACUGCUCAUUCUUGAGAAGGACUGGGCUCUUGGCCCAAGUAUGCUGUGUUUUUCUUUACUUACUCUAUUUCAACACUCGAAAGCCUGGUUCCUCUUAGCUCUCUAGCUGUCGCGGCCGCAUUUAAAGCAGUUUUCCGUUCGGUAGCUAGACUCUGCAGUGUGUUCCAGUGUCGCUGGGGAUUGCAAUAAAGGUGCAGUGAAAUGCGUGGCGGGUUCAUCGGUGGUUGAAGGUGAGGGCGGUAGGUUUUGCUGCAAGCUAGAAGUGCAACACUUGCAUAACGCUGUUCGGAGAGGUUUAACCUUUUGGCAGUUGUCUUUAUUUAGGUGAGGUAUGAGUUGAGUUUUAUAAAACUUGUCCUUAUAGUGUACGGUGGAGUGAUCAUUUUACUAACGUGACUAUUUUGUACGUGUAUGGUUAAGUGGAUGACAAUCGUGCAGCAGAAGAAUGGUGUGCCUACCCUUGAAUGCUGCAGUUCAAAAAGAGAACUUGUCUUGUGUCAUUUCCGACUGUAGGCUAAGGCUUGUAAAUAGACAGUGAAAAGUUGAGUACUCUUUUUAUUAUUUGCUUUGGUUAGAAAGUGAAUUUAAAAAAACAAACCAAACGCUUAACUUUCUCAGAUAAACGUCCUGAGACCUGAAGAUUGUAAUACUCAUGUCUGCGAAGCUUUUAAAUGUUAACACUUGAGAUCUGUGAGAACUUAAUAUUCAGGUAAUCUUUCUUUCCCGAGAAGCUUUUGAACAACCAUAUUUCCUCCAAAGGUCUCUGUUUAAAAAGAAAAAAAAAGAGAAAAAAAAAGUGUAGAUUAUUUUUUAAGCACUAAUUGCAUUACGUUGGUAACUGCAAUAUAAAAUAGCCAUUAUUGUUUUGUGAAGCAUGGUUGAGAUUCGUUAGUGGUCCCUUUUUAAAAUUUCAUGAGCCUCUCAAAAAAAUAAAAACAAAUUAAAAAAAAAAAGCUGCUGAAUAUUCGAAAGAUAUAUAUUUUACCUUAUUGUAGGGUUUGUAAAUUUAGUCUGUAAUAUUCAGGUGCACCUUUUAAUGUUAAAUCUUUGUUUCAAAGUCCAUCGAACGUAUUUUCUCCGCGGUGAUUCAUCCCGUGACUGGUCUCACUCCAGGUGCUGCAGUGAUUACUGAUGUUUGAUUUCUUUCGUUCACGACGCAUUCUCGACAGGCGCUUUCAGUGUAGCCGUGCGCGUAGUAUUUGGGAUCCUUUUGAAUAGAUAAUUGGAAGUAAUGUUUGUCCAUUAGCAUGCUUAAUUUUCUGCUGACCGGCAGUUUGCGUGGCCAGACCCCCCAGUCGAGCGUGUGCUGCGGUGGGAAGGUUGCGGCUCGCAGCCGUCUGUAACAAAAGCCUCGUUUCUCAAGUUAUUACCGGUAAGUGGACGCUUGCUACUCGGGCCCGUUGGACAGGAGACAGGGUGGAAACCUCGUCCCUCUUCCUGCUCUCGGGAGCAGGCGGCCCAGCCCGGCCCGUCCGGCGUUCCCAGGUGCUCAUGUUCACUCCUUCCUGAGGGUGCCCAUCAGCUGUGGUCAUUGGAUUCAGCAGUAUUGUUGUGUGCUCCGUUGAUGUUGUCGGAAAAGGCUGACACCAAGAAACUGUGAAUCAAAUACUUGUGGCAGUCUCUGGGUUUUUCAGUCCAGGUAUCACGAAGGAGAAUCCCUCUCCCUGGUUCCCAGCCUAGAAAAGUGAGUUCCUUAUUCUGUGUGUACACAGUUCGAAGAAUCAAGUUGCAUAUCGUGCCGAAGUUUAGAUGUUGCUCGGUCAAGCUUUGCUGCAGCAUGUCGCUGAAGACGAGUCGGGUCCUGGUGUGGAGUUGGUUGUCGUACAGUUCAACACGUGUGAAGUGUAGCGGAUUUUAUUUGGACCUGUGAAACGUGAGAGUGCUUUGUUAGUGCCCCGGCGAGUCCGCGACCGUUGUCACCUCGCUUUCAGCCAGCUGGAUCCUCCUCCCACUACGUUGUAAUAAGCAGCCUUACCUUGGCCAUGGCACUCGAGCACAGCUGGAAAGGGUCGCACGCUCCAGCUGGGUGUUGCAGAGGCAGGGAGCAUUUGGGCUAGGUGGUUUCUGUCGGGAGAUCCCCAGAAGUGUUCCUACCCUAAAUUUUCCUGAAACGGGUUUCACGAAAGGUGCGCACUCGUUGCCUCUCGCUCGGUAACGCGUUCGGCCUCUCCAGUCGUAUCAGGAGCUUUUCUUUGCGGUUCUUGCCCAAGCUGCUGCGAGGACGCUCUGGGCGCACGAGAGGCAGCCGCGCGUGGCCGUUCAGACCGGUCGGGGCCAGACGGAGGACGAGUCGUGCCAUUUGUGGCGGACCCGCGUUUGCAAGAGUCGGAGCGUUUCCUUCGUGGAGAUGCUGAGAAGCGCGUUGCCUUCCCACAGGAAUUGGUUAGGGUUUUGCGAAGCUACCUGGGAAGCCGUGCGCUAGGCGUGGGGCAGACUGAACGGCAGAGUUCGGUUCAGAUCCAGCGGCGUUGUGCUCGCUGGACAGGAUGGUUGUGCCGGUGACAGGUGGAAUGAAUGCAUGCUCCCAGCUGCGUCUCUUCGGUCGGCGUAGGUUUUAGUCUCUCUUCUGGGCUGUCCUUGAGCUUUCGGGGGUGGUGGGGGAGAUCGUUGAAUGUGUUCCUGGAGCGAAGGGAAAUGCUGUGCAGUUCCCUUGUCUAGGCCCAGAGCAGUGCUGCUCUGAUCCAGAAAAUGGAGAGUUUUUGUUCUAAUGAAGACGGGAUCGGGACUCUUCAUCCUCGGGAGGCGUACGCCAGCUCCGGCUCCAAACCUGAUGAAGGAGAAUUUUUUUAUGCUGUACAGAAAGCUUUAUUUGUCACGGUGAUUUUUGUCUUAAAUUCUCUGCCAAAACAGGAAGGUAGCACAGGGAGGGUUGUGUUCCCUACGCUUUGGUGAGGCUUGGGAGGAUCUUGGUUUUCCCCACAGAGAAGCUUCAGCGACGAGACGCGGGCCGGUUGAUAUCCUGUCGAUCGAUAGGAGCACACAAGCUACAUCCGCAGGAUUCCCUUUCCGGGAUGGGUUUGGCUCCUGCCAAGGUUUUCGGGUCCUUUUGAAGCGUAUUCAGAACUCUAAAUUAGAUCCUGCAGAAACCUGAAAGUAUGCACUGCUAGUUAGUUGUGGUUCUUUUGGAUGUAGCAAAUAUUAUAAUCACUAGAUUUACUCUUUCUUAAGUAUGUAAUAUAUACACAUUUCAUCAUAUCUCGAUCACUAAACAGAGAUGUUAUCCACUCAGACAAACUGAUCCACAGGUACACUCCACAUAUACCAAAAAAGCCCCGUGAGCAGUCGCAUGUACACAUCCCACCGCUCACCUCGCUCGCGGAUCCUUGGGUUUGACUAGGGCAAGACUUGUAUACCAGUAUUACAGCAGUCAUGGAUUUCGUGUCCUGCAAAAUUACACCCGUACUCAGGUAAUCUCCUGGAAACCUUCAAUUUAAGAUAGCCUUAUAUAAUCCUCAUGAAACUUUACGAGCCCAGUUGCAAGCUCUGGUUUCUCACCCUUAUUACGGUGGCGAAGGACUUUUACAAAUUUUGCCCGGAAUAUUUCAUUGUCUUUUACAAAACAUGCCUCACUUGUCCCUAACGAGCGAGUGAUGGAAUUUUGCAAGGCUCUAAGUAAUUAUCUUUGCAAAUACGUCGGUCUCGGCAGGCGCGAUGGGAGCUUGAACAGGGACGUGGACAGAUGCGUCGGAAGAGAAUUUUAGUGGUCGCUAGCCAGAUCAAAUCUGACCGAGAGUCUCUCUUUUCCGCCCCAAAAAACAAAGACAUCACAGCUGCUACAGCUCUUACUCGUUCUAUCAAAUAACCGGUGCUACAUUUCUCAAAGAUUUUUGAAGAUCGUUUUUAUGCACGCGAGAGCGUGCGCAGUCAACUUGCCUGUCGCCAUGAAAGCGCGGCUGACCCGUGGUAAAUUACCAGAAAAGGGAGAAUUUUAGCACUUUUUCUGUUAACAGCACUAGAGUCUUAAUUUAUCUGGUCUUCAGAGUCUUGGAUACUGCAAGUGUUACAGCCUGAGAUCAUUAUUAACCACUUUUCUGGUCAGAUCACAAGUUCUCUUGAGAGAUGAAUCUGUCUUGUAAAGAAGACUACAAUAUUUUAUAACGUUCAGGCAGCGGGCGUGCAGAUGCCUGAUGUUUGAAAGAAACAUUUCAAAAGACCAUUUCAGGGCUUGAAAUUUGGAAUCGGGGAUGGUGGGGAGGGAGGAGGGAAGUUUCCCAAAAUGAAACAUCAUUUUAGGCCGUUGUUUAGUGUUCGUUUUGACAAAUAUAUCACUAGGAAAAUGGGUAGGGAUUCUUUCUCCCUUAUGCCUUCAGGGAAUGAGCAGUAUUUGGCUGAAAUUCAAGCCUUUUUACCAUGUAAAUUUUUAAUAUAAACUCACUGACAUGCUUUUUACAUCAGAGGACUGAAAAUGGAUCUUAAUGUUUAAGUUGCGGAACGGUAUAUUUCUUAACCGAAGGGGGAACAUUAAAAGAAAAAAAAAACCUAACUAGAUUAGAAUACCAGCAUUAGUGAGCUUAAGGAAUUUUAGUAUGUAAUAGCAAAGUAUAGCAAAGUAUUUGAUUAAAAAACCUAAUCUUGAACUGCUAGUCUGUAACUAGGUGCAUUCUAAUUUAGCAGGUGAAUAUUCUUUACUUAUUGAUAUAUGAUGGGCUUUUUGCAAAUAGAAACCUUUAUCUGAGUCCCAGGUGUUGCUUGUCCGGAUGGGAUGUAUGCUUACAGCAGCUUACUGCUGCUUUAAAAAUGUAUAAAAUAUGUUUUGAGUGUUUGCUCAUAACUCUUUCUAACCUCCACUCGUUCAAUCGUCAGGCGUUGGUAUUUUAUCAGUCCGCAAUGUAAGUUGAACUAAUGUUCUUAGGAAUCCAACUUGUACACACACUGUUUAAAAACCCUCAGGGACAGUUUACACACUAUCCUCACUCAAUUCAGGUACUUGUACUCUAUUCUUAAACCUAGCAGUGACUUGUAUUUUGUUUUGCUUUUCUUUUGACGUGCUGAUAGCACAUC